UUAGUGAUGUAAAAUAUUAAAACUAUAUUUUUAGUGUACAUUAUUUAUAAAUAUUAUGCAAGAAAAAUAUGGAAGCAUAUUUAGAAGAUCAUUUCGAUGUUAUAAAAUUUAUUUGUGAUGCAGCUAAUCAUUUAGAAGUUUCCUCACAGCCAAAAAUUUUGGCAUGUAUGCUGUAUCAUCAAUACGUUGCAUUGCAAAAAAAGUUUGAAGAAAAAUGUAUUGAAAAAUUUUUAGUUGGUGCAACGUGUCUUUAUUUAUCUGCAAAAAUUGAAGAAGAACCACUAAAAAUUCGUGAUCUUGUUAAUGUAUGUUACAGAAUACAUCAUAGUAAAAAUGAACCAUUAGAAAUUGGAAAAAUGUAUUGGAACCUAAGGGAUAGCAUAACCACAUGUGAACUUAUGUUACUUAGAUUAUUCAACUUUAAAACAUCGUUUGAAACACCAUUAAAAUAUUUAGUUCAUUUUAUGAAGCUUAUACAUCAUUGGUGCAAUAGAUGUAUACUAAAUAAAGCCAACGUUUAUCAGAUUUGUUUUAAUAUAAUGAAUGAUCUGAGUUACUUACCAUUAAUUUGUCAUUAUUCACCAGAACUUCUAGCAGCAUCUGUUAUAUAUACUGCUUUCCAAGUAUUAGCUUUAGAAGUUCCUCGUGAUAUUAAUUCUAAAGAAUGGUUUGAAAUUUUCUGUCCAGGAACUAUAGAGGAAAAUUUACAGUCAAUAAGUUAUGAAAUCUUAUUGCUUUAUGAAUUUGAUCGAAAUGCAUACUCAAGAGAAAUUUAAAUAUAUAUAUAUAUAUA